AUGUACUGGGCAUUCCUCUUGACAACAGCGACGAUCCAGCGACUGCUCCAAUCAUAUCGACCCCCAAACGUCGUCCUCAGGAUCGCUCUUGCCCAUGUCGUCAGCUGGAUCUUCAUCGGUGUCGUGAUUAAUUCUAGACCUGCCACAGAGCCGACCCGUCCAUGGGUCUUCAUUACUUUUGUGCAGGCUCUCCUCUUGCUUGUAGUGGUGUACCUGCCUUGGUUUAAGACUCAGAUGCUCGCGGCCGGCUUCCCGCAGCUAUCGGAGCGUCUCACCAGCCAUGCACUCGAGGACGGAUUCAUGGGACGCGAUAUUAAUGGUCGUUCUGCAAGUCGUUUCUUGGUUCUUCCCUUGGUCAUUGUGGGGCUCUGCUCAUGGAUGUUGAUCAUUACCCGCGGUACUCAUGGUAUGCAGGAGCUUGGUCCCGGAGGGAUGGCUCAGGACCCAAACCAGUCGUUCAACAUACCGUCGCCGAGCAAUAUUGAAGGUUCGCUCAUGAGCGAGGUAGAUCGUCAGAACGAUAGCAGGAUGGUGAUUUCGAUGAUUGUGAUGUCAUCCGCUACGCAACAGGGAUUCAGGAACCGACAGAUGUUCCGCGAGACGACAUUAAAACUGUUCCCUAGCCCACGUAACAAGGCUGUUGUGGUGAAAUAUCGGUUUCUUAUCGGAAACUCGUUGCCGGCAGUUGAGCGGGAAUUGGAGCAGGAGCACAAGGUGAUGGGCGAUCUGUUUAUUGUGGCGGCACCGGAUAGACCGGACAGCAAGAGUCAGAAGCUGUACAAGGCCAUUGAAUGGGCGGACCAGUUUGACUUUGAUUACCUGGUCAAGACGGAAGAUGAUGUGCUGGUGAGGAUGGACACGUUAUCGGGAGAGCUUUUCAAGCAAGGAAAGAAGCCAUACUUCUGGAAGGGUCUUGUCUUCAAGAAUGUUCCCAAUACACGUUUGGAUGAUAUGGAUCUGAGAGAGAUGCCCGUGUUCACGGAUGGUACUCUCACGACACUGUCUCGCGAUAUUGUGCGUCUCUUGGCUGUUCCUGCUCCUCGCUACUUUGUCGCCAGUAGUGCCCAAUCGCUCGGUAUCUGGCUCCACGGCUACGGUAUCAAACCACAGCACGAUACCCGCAUCCAGCCGGGCGCCUUUGUCUGCGAGGAGGAUUUGAUCGCCAAGCACUUUGACAACGAACCUAGCCUACUAUCCCACCCACGCGACGAUCCUAUCAAAAUGGUGGAGAGGAUCAAUCUCAUGCGAGCGGAACUAAAGGCAAACAAGGAUAACCGCAACUUCCAGUCGACGAUCUUGAUCUGUGACCCACUCACUCAGAAGCGAUGUGCCAUGUGUUACUCGUGCCAGGGACGAGCCUCGAACUGGAAGCUGAUGGGUUUUGAUUGCAAACAGGGAGGUGUAGUCGUCGGAGACAAGUACAGGAAACCAGAGCUGUUGGAUUCGAAGCAGAUGGAGGAGUUGUUGAACCGGCCGCCUAACGGAGUCGACGAGGGUCUGGGACCUAUUACUUUGAAGGAUUAUCGACCAAAAUCAAGGGCGCGUCAGCAGAAGAAUCCGAACGAGGCGCCGUCUCAGCUAAUGGACGAUGCGGGUUCUGAAGAGGUGGUGGGGGAGAAUCCUGAGGAGGAUGUCGUGGACGACGAGACCGUCGAGAAAGACGAGACACAGGAAGAGGAGGAGAAUGAGAUGGACGGAGAGGAAGAUGCAGAUGAGACUGACGAGGAUGCCCUGGAUGAGGCAGAGGACCAGGAACAGGAGCAGCAAGAGGAACUGGAACAGGACGGAUCGGAUAGUGAGCAUCAUGACGAGUCCGAGAUCGCGAUCACGGACGAGGAGGCGGAAUAUUUGGAUCGUCGCGAUGAUGAGGAUGCAUUGCUACAGGCGAACAAGCCUAGAAAAGCGGCAGCUUUUCGGAGGGAGAAGAAGGUGUCUAAAAAGCCUACGGAAUGA